GAUACUGACCUCCAUACUCCUGGACCCCGAUGUCUGCAGCAGUGAUUUAGUUCCUGGUUUUCCUACAGCUGAACUUCCAACAGAGAGAGUGGAUGUUUUCCUCAGUUGCCCUGCCCGGUGUUAUUGCAUUAACUUGAAUUGCUACUGUACCCAUGGAGACACCAGAGCCGGGCCCAGCAGACGGAGAGGAGCGUCUGGUGGAGCUGCGACCACGGACACGCUCAAAUCCUGAGGGUGCAGAAGACCGCCGCAGCAGCACAGGCAGCCUCGGAGGAAACAGUAACCCCAACAUCUCUCAGCCUGCAGUGGGGAGUCGUGUUGAGGGGGAGGGCGAGGCCUCAACCAGUGACAGUCCUCCAAGUUCCACCACCACUACUGUCUCAACAGCCUCAGCUCAGACGGCUGCUCCCACUGCAGCAGUGACAGCAGCAGCUGCUGCCAGCGCCACAGUGCCAUUGCCCACUUCUUCUGCAGCCAAAGAGAGGCCGAAACCUGCACAGCAGCAACAAACACUAACAACAGUUCCUCCUCCUGCAGAGUACCAGCUCAGAGUUCCUCGCGUCAACUGUCCAGAGAAAGUGAUCAUCUGCUUAGACCUUUCUGAGGAGAUGUCUUUGCCAAAGUUGGAGUCUUUCAAUGGAUCAAAAACAAAUGCACUGAACAUUUGCCAGAAGAUGAUAGAGAUGUUUGUCAGAACUAAGCACAAGAUUGACAAACGGCACGAGUUUGCCCUCGUAGUAGUCAAUGAUGACGCUCUGUGGCUUUCAGGAUUCACAUCUGACCCCAGAGAGCUGUGCAGCUGUCUGUAUGACCUGGAGACCAAUGUGUGCGAGUCCUUCAAUUUGGAAGAUCUUCUUAAUGUAAUACGUCAAAAAAUUGAGCUCCCAUUGAUGGAGAACGUUCAGACUAUCCCUCCUCCAUAUGUGGUGCGGACAUUGCUCAUCUACAGCCGCCAUGCAGGGCAGCUUCAGUUUAACCCUUCAGAGGCUUUUAGUAAAAUGCUCCAGUCUCCAUAUUUUUUCUUUGAUGUGGUUUAUCUACAUAAUGGAGUGGAAGAUCAGGGGGAUGAGACCAGUUGGAGGGACAACUACACAUCUUUCUGCAACCUGGACUCAAAAGGCAUGUGUUAUCGCUUUGAGGUUUCCCUGGGUGGACCUGCCAUCGAAUUGCACAACUGCAUGGCCAAACUUCUGGCUCAUCCUCUGCAGAGACCUUUUCAGAGCCAUGCGUCAUACAGCCUGCUGGAGGGGGACGACCCCCAGGACAUUGAGGCAACAGUCUGAAACUGUCUACACUCCCAAUGCUCUGUUUCCUUGUAACAUUAACACACUGUAGUUCCACAGAAAACAGGUUAUUUCCAUGUACAUCACAUCCCUAGAGGCUUAUUAAAUUUAAUGUGCUCAAAUACUAUGGAAAAAUCCAGCAAAAACAAUGAGAGGAGUCACCACGUUAUAAGAACUCAGCUGUUGUGUUUCCGUUCAGAGAAAACAAAAUGGGUCAAGGAUUUUUUUUCCUAAGUUGGGGAAGUUAUAGAGUCAUCCAUUUGGUAAACUAUCAGGAGUUUCCUGAAGAUUAGCUGACAAAAUAGUUGAAGGUAAUGAUUGAAAUUAACAAGUAAUAUCAGUGGUUAUAGCCUUUGGCUUUGUUAAAAGUAUCCCUUAAUGUUCAUUUUUCUUUCAGAUCACGGACCACUUUGGGCCAUCAGUAAAUCUUAAAAGGUUGAAUUCAGUUUGCUCACCUUACAGUAACCAUAACUGGCUUUUCGAGACUAUAAAACUGAAUGGAAUCAUAUUUUUAUUAACUGUAUCACAGAGGUCUCUACUUCUUUUCUAUUGCCUUUCCUUUUAGUAAAUAAUUUCCACCUUUUGUUGCCUGUUUUAAUGUGAUUUUUAUUUUAUAAGGUGUGUUCUCAAUCAUUUUUUCUUUCUUUUACAAGAAAAACAAAAACAGAAGAAUGUACAGUAAUGUGGAUGGGGCUCCUCUUAGACAGUGAUCUCUGUGGCACUGAUUUUGGAAAAUGCAUGUUGCUGCACAAUAAAAACGUUUUUGAUCACA